AGAUAUUCAAGUAUGUAAUUGUUGUGAAUGACAAACUGAUACGCCGGAAAAUUCUGAAGAAAGUUAGUCCAAGAUGAGCGAGUUUAACAUCGUGCAGUCGGUUCAGAACAGACUUGGGAUCCGAACAGACUCCAGAUCAGAUAAUUUUCUCGGUAGUGAGAUAAUCAGCAGUCUGCCCCUACAAAUGGCCCUCUUUUACAACUUCUACUUCUCCCCCAUCUGGUUCACUGCAACUCUUACUGCGCUCAUAUCCAAGCACAGUGCACUACCAGAUACAUACCAGUUCGUUACUCCCACUAUCUUCUGCAUUAUGACGGUGUGUGAAGCUAUCAGACUCUACUUUGGUUACCUUGGUAACCUACAGGAGCGGGUACCCGAGUUAGCUGCUUUCUGGAUGGUCACUCUGGUACUACAACUACCACUCUGCCUACUCUCCCUCCUCAAUACUGACGCUAACUUACUUCCUUUAGAGGUAUCAGUACAAGUCAUACUCCUGCUAUUUGUGGUGGUUGAGCUCCUGAUCUCCACAUCCACGAUCCGGCACAUGACAUCCGUCCAGGAAACCAAGUUUAAUCUUCUUCACACACCAAAUCGGGAACUGUAGAACUUAUUUGUGGCAUCGUAAUAACAGGGAAACGAAUGAUGGAUAUUAAUAAUUAAUUAAUUAUUCUGACGUUAUCAGGCUGAGGAUACGUUUAUAUGUCUGAAGGCAGAAUGAAUUAUCAUGCAAUGUGACUUGGAAAAAAACACACAGAAACAUCCGUUAUAAAGAACAUUUGCAUUGACUCUAGCCAUUAUCAUCUAGCAGUUAGUAGCUUAUAGUUGAAGUAAUUGACAGAUAUUUAAUAUUUAUGUAUUUAUGUACUAAUAAUAAUAGUAUGAAACUUUGACAGAAAGAUUUUAAAUUAAUUAUCGAUGUUAUUCAUCAAUAUAAGUUUAAAAUUGACAAAUUUUAGGUUUCUAACUGAGUGACUGCUUGGAUAAGUCUCGUUCCAAUAUAUUGUUUAUUUUUGUAAAUUAUGCAUUAUAUUUUGAUAUCAGAUGAACACAGAUUUUG